AUGAAGAUAGUUGUGAUAACCGAAAAGCCAUUUGCAGAAAAUGCAGUUAAAGGGAUUAGAGAGAUUCUUGAGAAAGCAGGUCAUGAAGUGGUAAUGAUAGAGAAGUAUAAGAAGAAAGAGGAUGUUAUUGAAAGGAUUAAAGAUGCAGAUGGUGUAAUUGUUCGAUCGGAUAAAAUAGAUGAAGAGAUAAUUAAAGCUGGAGAAAAAGUAAAGAUUAUUGUUAGAGCGGGAGCAGGGUAUGAUAAUAUAGAUAUAGAAGCAUGUAAUCAAGGGAAAAUAGUUGUAAUGAAUACACCAGGACAAAAUAGGAAUGGUGUUGCAGAACUUUGUAUUGGGAUGAUGAUUUUUGGAUUUAGAAAAGGAUUUAAAGAAGGAAAAGGAAGAGAAUUAAAGGAUAAGACACUUGGAAUUUGUGGAUGUGGAUAUGUUGGGAAACGAGUUAAAGAAAUAGCAGAAGGAAUUGGUAUGAAAAUUAAAGUAUAUGAUCCAUUUAUCACUACUGAAAAUCAAGUAAAGAAAAUAGAAGAAUUGUUUGAAGAAUGUCAAGUUAUUUCACUUCAUCUUCCAUUAACAAAAGAAACUAAAGGAAAAAUAGGAUAUGAAUUAAUUAAAAAACUUCCAUAUGGAGGAAUGAUAUGUAAUACAGCAAGAAAAGAAAUUAUUGAUGAAGA